CAAAUAGGAAAAGAUGGACACUCUGAAUGACAUCACAAAAGGGGUGGGGAAUAUGUAGAUAAAGCGAAGUGACUGCUGGUCAUGCUUACACUUGGUAUGUAUUUCUUAGGAUUUUGGUAAUAGCCAGAUAUACAAAAUGUUCCUGUAUGGUUACUAUACUAUAGGAAUUUUUACCCAGAAAUGAGAGGAAUUUAGAGCCCUCAUGAGGAGAAUAAUCCUAUCUGUAAGGUGGUUUGAAUCCGAGGGUAAGAUGCGAGGCAAAAACCACAACUCAUACUUACCUGGCAGGGGAGAUACCAUGAUCACGAAGGUGGUUUUCCCAGGGCGAGGCUCAUCCAUUGCACUCCGGAUGUGCUGACCCCUGCGAUUUCCCCAAAUGUGGGAAACUCGACUGCAUAAUUUGUGGUAGUGGGGGACUGCGUUCGCGCUAUCCCCUGACUUGUCAUUUUAAAAACAGGUUGAGACUAUCUUCUUGUACUACUGUGGCUUGUUCUCUUUAUUUUCAAUCGUUUGUUUCUUGGUGUUCCUUUUGUUUUGAAGAAAGUUUUCUUUUUUUCUUUUAGCAUUUAUACUUUUCUCAUAAUGCUUUUGGAAGCAGGCCCAUGUCAGUUUAUCCUGGUUUAAAGCAGGGGUAGUUUUAUGUUAUCAUUCAGAGGCCUAAAGGUCAAAAUGUGGAUGUAAUUCUUUUGGGUGCUUUAGAGGCAAAUCAGCCACCUACCUUCUCUUUUCCUUCCAUAAUUUGUCUGAAGGCAGCUGUAGUUUAAACACUCGACUAGCUGAAAGUUUGGUAGUUGGAGCUCACCAGCCACUCCGUGGCAGAAAGAUGUGUCAGUCUGCUGCAGUAAAAAUUAUAGUCUAGGCAGUUUUACCGUGCCAGAGCACACCUGAUGGUAAAGAGUUUGAUUUUGGGUUUUAGAAGUUGGCUAGGCUCCUGGGAGAUGCAAAUGGUUAAGUGCUCAGCUACUUAAAGUAGGCUGUCCAUCCCAAGAUGCCUCAGAAGAAAGGCCUUGGUGAUCUACAUGGGGUCACCAUGAGUUGGAAUCUAGGGCAGCCAGUUUUUGGUGAUAGAGGUUACCUACAUUCCUUGACUCGUGGCCCUGUCCUCCAUCUUCAAAGCCAGUGGGGUAACAUCUUCUUGCAGACGUCUCUUAUGUUCUAGCAUUCUGUAUUUCUCAGACCCUCCUACCUCUCUCUUUAAGGAUUCUGUGACAUCAUUGGGCCCACCCGAAUAAUCUCCCCACUUCAAAAUCUUUAAUCACAUCUGCAAAAUCCCUUCUGCCAGAUAAAGUAACAUUCUCCGGUUCCUGGAAUUAGGAUGAGGACAUUUUUGGUGGGCCAUUUUUCAGCCUGUCACAUUAACAAAGCAGAUAAGUUUAUCAGGAGCCGUAAAAUGAUAUCACGAAAGGGAACUGGGAGUAUGUAGAUGAGCACAGUGGUUACUGUCCUUGUUCACCCUGUACAUGAAUUUCUUAAGUUUCUAGUAAGUAUUCAAGUAUCCAAAACAUUAUUGUCUUAGUCUUUCAGUUUGGAGAAGUCUGUUUUGUAAGUGAAGAUCUAGAGUUUGUGUGAAGAGAAUGACCUUAUUGAGUGGUUUGACACUAAGGGUGCAGUUGCCAGGCAAGGAAAUCAACUCAUACUUACCUGACAGGAAAGAUACCAUGAUCACAAAGGUAAUUUUCCCAGGGUUAGCUUCCUCCAUUACACACCGGAUGUGCUGACCCCUGUUAUUUCCCCAAAUGUGGGAAAUUCAACUGCAUAAUUUGUGGUAGUGGGGAGUGUCUGCAUGUUCAAAUCAGAUCGACUGCAUUUGUGGAAAGAGAUGAUGGAGAAGCUCAAUAUAAUUAGAAUAAACCAGAGGCCGACCAUGGAACAGACUAUCAAUUGCUCAUAUGCAGGUUCAAGUUGAAGCUGAAGAAAAUUAAAACAAGGCCACUAGAGCUGAAGUACAACCUUGAGUAUAUCCCACAUGAAUUUAGAGACCAUUGCAAGAAUAGAUCUGAUGCAUUGAACAUUAAUGACCGAAGACCAGACGAGUUGUAGAAGGACAUCAUACAUGAAGAGAGCAAAUCCACUGCCAUUGAGUCAGUUCUGACUCAUAGUGACCCCACACGGUUUCCAAGCCUGUGAAUCUUUACAAACGCAGACUGCUACAUCUUUUUCCCACAGAGCUGCUCGGGGUUUCCAACCACUGACCUUUCAGUUAUCAGUGGAGCACUUUAACCACUUCACCACCAGGGCUCCUUGAAGAAAGCAAAAGGUCAUUAAAAAGACAAGAAAGAAAAGACCAAAGUGUAUGUCAGAAGAGACUCUGAAGCUUGCUCUUGAAUGUAGGGUAUCCAAAGUGAUGGAAAAAUGAUGAAAAGAGCUGAACAACUGAUUUCAAAGGGCGGCUUGAGAAGACAGAAGUAUUAUAAUGAAAUGUGCAAAGACCUAAAGUUAGAAAGCCAAAAGGGAAGAACACACUCGGCAUUUCUCAAGCUGAAAGAACUGAAGAAAAAAUUCAAGCCUCUUGUUGCAAUAUUGAAGGAUUCUAUGGGGAAAAUAUUGAACGACACAGGAAGCGUCAAAAGAAGAUAGAAAGAAUACACAGAAUCACUGUACUGAAAAGAAUUAGUUGAUGUUCAAGCAUUUCAGCUUUUGUUCAAGAACCGAUGGUAUUGAAGGAAGGCAUCCAAGCUGCGCUGAAGGCGCCGGCAAAAAACAAGGCCCCAGGAACUGAUGGAGCACCAGUUGAGGACUUUCAGCAAAUGAAUGCAACACACCCAUCUAUGCCAAGAAAUUCGAAAGACAGCUACCUGGCCAACCAACUAGAAGAGACCCAUAUUUAUGCCCAUUCCAAAGAAAGGUGACCCAACAGAAUGUAGAAAUUACCAAACAAUAUCAUUACUAUCUCACACUUAAGUAAAAUUUUUGCUGAAGAUCAUUCAAAAGCAAUUGCAGCAGUACAUCGACAGGGAACUGCCAUAGAUUCAAGCCCGGUUCAGAAGAGGACAUGGAACAAGGGAUAUCUUUGCUGAUGUCAGGCGGAUCUUGGCUGAAAGCAGAGAACACCAGAAAAAUGUUUACCUUUUUUUUUUUUUUUUUUUAUUGACAAUGCAGAGGUAUUCAGCUGUGUGGAUCAGAACAAAUUAUGGAUCACAUUACAAAGAAUGGGAAUUUCAGAACACUUAAUUGUGCUCGUGAGGUACCUAUACAAAGAUUAAAAGGCAGGCAGCCGUUCGAACUGAACAAGGGGAUACUGCAUAGUUUAAAAUCAGGAAAGGUGUGUGUCAGGGUUUUAUCCUUUGACCGUACUUAGUCUGUAUGUUGAGCAAAUAAUCUGAGAAGCUGGACUAUAUGAAGAAGAAGGGGGCAUCAGGAUAGGAGGAAGACUCAUUAACAACCUGCAAUAUGCAGAUGACACAACCUUGCUUGCUGAAAGCAAAGAGAACUUGAAGCACUUACUAAUGAGGAUUAAAGACUACAGCCUUCACUAUGGAUUAUACCUCAGCGUAAAGAAAGCAAAAAUCCUCACAACUGGAUCGAUAAGCAACAUCAUGAUAAACAGAGAAAAGAUUGAUAUUGUCAAGGAUUUCAUUUUACCUGGAUCCAUAGUUAACGUCCAUGGAAGCAGAAGUCAGGAAUUCAAAUGACAUUUGGCAUUAGGCAGAACUGCUGCAGAAGACCUCUUUUAAGUGUUAAAAAGCAAACGUCCACUUUGAGGACUAAGGUGCACCUGAUGCAAGCCAUGGUACUUUGAGUCGCCUCAUAUGCAUGCGAAAGCUGGUCAGUGAAUAAGGAAGACUGAAGAAGAAUUGAUGCAUUUGAAUUAUAGUGUUGGCAAAGAAUAUUGAAUAUACCAUGAACUGUCAGAAGAACGAACAGAUCUGUCUUGGAAGAAGUACCGCCAGAGUGUUCCUUAGAAGAGAAGAUGGUGAGACUUUGUCUCACGUACUUUGAACAUGUUAUCGGGAGGGACCAGUCCCUGGAGAAGGACAUCAUGCUUGGUAAAGUAGGAAAAAAAAAACCAUUGCCGUCAAGGUGAUACCGACUCAUAGUGAUCCUAUAGGGCAGAGCAGAACUGCCCCAUAGGGUUUCCAUGGAGCAGUUGGUGCAUUCAAACUACUGAACUUUUGGUUAGCAGCUGAGCUCUUAAUCACUGCACCACCAGGGCUCAGCAAAAAAGAGGAAUACCCUCAACAAGAUGGAUUGACACAGUAGCUGCAACAGUGGGUUCAAACGUAGCAAUGAUCUGUGAGGAUGGUGAGGGACUGGACAGUGUUUUGUUAUGUUGUUCGUAGGGUUGCUAUGAGUUGGAACCGACUCCGCAGCAUCUAACAACUGGGGCCUGCAGUUUAGUGGGUAAGGUAUAAGUGAAUGCUAGGCAGAGAAACCUGGUACAAGCCCUAAGUGAUUUUACUGGGGUGUUACUACGUCUGAGUAGAGUUGCAGUGAUUGUUUUUGGCCCUUGUCUGUAAUGAAUCCUCUUGGCUCUAUGGACAAGCAGUAAUAGAGAAGUGAUUUCAGACUCCAGGAUUUCUCCACCUUUGGCUGUUAUGAAUAAUGCUGCUAUGAACAUUCACGUACAAGUUUUUGUGUGUACCGUAAGUUUUCAUUUCUCUUUUUUAAUAUACCCAGGAGUGUAAUUAAUGGAUCAUAUGGUAAUUCUGUGUGUAACUUUUUGAGGAACUGCCAAACUAUUGUCCACAGCGGGCUGAACCAUUUUACAUUUCCACCAGCAGUGUAUUAGGGUUCGGAUAUCUUCAUAUCCUCCUCAAUGCUUAGUAUUAUCUGUCUUUUUCAUUCUAGCUCUCUUAGUGGGUGAGAAGUUGUUUUGAUUUGCAUUUCCCUGAUGCAUAAUGAAGUUGAGCAUCUUUUCACCAUGCUUACAGGCCAUUUGUAGAUUUUCCUUGGAGAAAGGUCUAUCCAGAUCUUUUGCCCAGUUUUAAAUUGGGUUAUUUGUCUUUUUAUUAUUGGUUGUAAUAAUUCUUUAUAUAGUCUGGAUACAAAUCCCUUAUCAGAUACAGGAUUUGCAAAUGUUUUUCUCCCAGUCUGUGGGUGGCCUUUACUUUCCUGAUAGUAUCCUGUGAAGCACAAAUGUGUUUAAUGUUUUUUUAUUAUUGUGACCUUAGAUGAAGAUUUACGGAACACACUAUUUUCUCAUUAAACAAUUACUAUACAUAUUGUUUUGUGACAUUGGUAAAGUGUUUAAUUUUUUCAAGUUCAGUUUUUCUUUUGUUGUUUGUGCUUUUGACGUCGUAUCUACGAAGCCAUUUCCUAACUCAAGGUGAUAAAGAUUUAUGCCUUUGUUUUCUUUUAAGAGUUUUAUAGUUUUGGCUCUUACAUUUAGGCCUUUGAUCCAUUUUGAGUUAACUUUUGAAUGUUGUGUGAGGUAAGGGUCCAACUUUAUUUUCUUGUAUGUGGAGAACCAGUUUGUUGAAAGACUAUUCUUUCCCCCCUUGAAUUGUGUUGGCACUCCUGUAGAAAAUGAGGUGACCAUAAUGUGAGGGUUUAUUUCUGAAUUCUUAAUUCUCUUCCAUUUAUUUAUGUAUCUGUCUUGAUGCUAGAGCCCUGGUGGCCCAGUGGUUAAGUGCUACAGCUGCUAACCAAAAGAUCGGCAGUUCAGAUGCAUCAGCCACUCCUUGGAAACCCUAUGGGGCAGUUCUGCUCUGUCCUAUAUGAGUUGGAAUCCACUCCAUAGCAAUGGUAUCUUUAUGCCAGUACCACUGUUGCUCUGUAGCAAGCUUUGAAGUCCUCAAACUUUCUUUUUUUCCAAGACUGUUUAUGCUGUUCUGGUGUUAUUUGCAUAAAAAUUGGCUUUAGCCUAGGCCAGUUGUUCCGGAGGCAGGUAAGAUGAAUCUGGAACACAGAAGAGUGGGAAGCUACAAGCGUUUCAGGUUGCACAAGAACCUCAGACUCUUCAGCUUUGUUAUCAAGUGUGAGUAAUUUCAGAAGCGUUUUAUUCAUAGCUGCUGUGGCCUGAUAUUUCCCAGUCAAGGUUCAAGUUUCUUACAAACAACUUAGAUAUAGAAAAGCAGUAAAGGUGGCUGGGGGGAAGAAAGAAAGGAAAGGGAGGUGACGUCACAGGAGCAGAGGGUGUGGAUAUGUAAAUGAAACGCAGUGCAUGCUAAAAUCUUCAGGGAUGCUUGCAUUCUGGAGAUUUAGGGAAAAAAAUUAUAAGCGAUGGAGAGGUUUGUGUUUCUUAGAAUAUCUAGUAAUACUAAAAUGGGUCUUUUAGGUACUGACUUUUUAAUGGUCAUAUGUACAAAGUGUUGCUCACGGAAGGGUCCGGAGGCUGACCCAGGAGCAACUCAUACUUACCUGGCAGGGGAGAUACCAUGAUCACGAAGGUGGUUUUCCCAGGGCGAGGCUUAUCCAUUGCACUCCGGAUGUGCUGACCCCUGCGAUUUCCCCAAAUGUGGGAAACUCGACUGCAUAAUUUGUGGUAGUGGGGGACUGCGUUCGCGCUUUCCCCUGAUAAUUGGUCUUUAAGGACAGACUUAAUUCCUUUUGUUUAGUAGUUAUGUUGUGAGCUUUGUGUUUCUUGCCUAAAAUGAUUCUUUUAGGUUUCACCGUCAAUGUUAUUUCCUUACAAUGGUGUUGAGAACAAGCAUUUUAUCUGUUUCGUUCUGCUCACAGUAAGAAUGGGUGAAUUGUUGUUGGGUGUCCUCGGGUCGAUUCCGACCCGUGCGCAACAGAAGGAAACACUUUCCUGGUCAUGCGCCAUCCUUACAAUCCUUGUUAAGCUUGAGCCCAUUGUUGCAGCCACUGUGUCAGUCCACCUUGUUGAGGGUUUUCCUCUGAUGCUGCACUUUGUCAAGCAUCAUGAUGUCCUUCUCCAGUGACUGAUGCCUCCUGACAACACGUCCAAAGUAUGUAAGACGCAGUCUCACCAUCCUUGCUUUUGAGAAGCAGUCUGGUUGUACAUCUUCCAAGACAGAUUUGUUCGCUCUUUUGGCAGUCCAUUUAAUAUUCUUCACCAUCACCACAAUUCAAAGGGGUCAGUUCUUCUUUGGUCUUCCUUAUUCAUUGUCCAGCUUUCACAUGCAUAUGAUAUAAUUGAAAAUACCAUGGCUUGUUUGGGUUGGGUUUUUUUGGGGUCACCUUAGCCUUCCAGGUGACAUUUUUGCUUUUCAACACUUUAAAGAGGCCCUUUGCAGCAGAUUUGCCCUAUGCCAUGCGUCUUUUGGUUCCUUGACUGCUGCUUCCAUGGACAUUGAUUGUGGAUCCAAGUAAAGUGAAAUCUGGACAACUUCAGUCUUUUCUCCAUUUAUCAUAAUGUUGCUUAUUGGUCCGGUUGUGAGGAUUUUUGUUUUCUUUAUGUUGAGGUGCAAUCCAUACUGAAGGCUGUGGUCUUUGAUCUUCAUUAGUAAGUGCUUCAAGUCCUCUUCACUUUCAGCAAGCAAGGUUGUGUCAUCUGCAUCACACAGGUUGUUAGUGAGUCUUCCUCCAAUCCUGAUGCCCUGUUCUUCUUCAUAUAGUCCAGCUUCUUGGAUUAUUUUCUCAGCAUAUGGACUGAGUAGGUAUGGCGAAAGGAUACAACCCUGACGCAUGCCUUUCCUGGCUUUAAAGCACUCAGUAUCCCCUUGUUCUGCCUCUUCAUCUAUGUACGUGUUCCUCGUGAGCACAAUUAAGUGUUCUGGAAUUCCCAUUCUUCACAGCGUUAUCCAUAAUUUGUUAUGAUCCACGCAUCCGAAUGUCUUUGCAUAGCCAAUAAAACAAGGUAAACAUCCUUCUGGUAUUCUUUGCUUUCAGCUGGUAUCCGUCUGACAUCAGCAGUGAUAUCCCUGGUUCCACGUACUCUUCUAAAUCCAGCCUGAAUUUCUGGCAAUUCCCUGUCAAUAUACUGCUUCAGCCGCUUUUGAAUGAUCUUCAGCAAAAUUUUGCUUGUGUGUGAUAUUAAUAUUGUUCUAUCAUUUCCGCAUUCGGUUGGAUCGCCUUUCUUGGGAAUUGGCAUAAAUAUGGAUUUCUUCCAGUCACUUGGCCAGGAAGCUGUCUUCCAUAGUUCUCGGCAUAGACGAGUGAGCACUCCCAGCGCUGCAUCCAUUUGUUGAAACAUCUCAAUUGAUAUUCUGUCAAUUGUUUUUCACUAUUGCCUUCAGUGCCGUUUGGACUUCUUCCUUCAGUGUCAUCGGUCCGUGAUCAUAUGCUACCUCUUGAAAUGGUUGAACAUCGACUAAUUCUUUUUGGUAUAAUGACUCUGUAUAUUCCUUCCAUCUACUUUUGAUGCUUCCUGCAUCGUUAAUAUUUUCCCCAUAGAAUCCUUCACUAUUGCAACUCGAGGCUUGAAUUUUUUCUUCAUUUCUUUCAGCUCCAGAAACUCUGAGCGUGUUCUUCCUUUUUUUUUUUUUUUUUGGUUUUCCAUCUCCAGCUCUUGACACGUGUCAUUGUAAUACUUUGUCUUCUCGAGCCACCCUUUGAAAUCUUCUGUUCAGUUCUUUUACUUCAUCAUUUCUUCCUUUUGCCUUAGCUGCUUGACGUUUGAGAGCAAGUUUCAGAGUCUCUGCUGACAUCCAUCUUGGUCUUUUCUUUCUUGUCUUUUCAAUGACCCCUUGCUUUCUUCACAUAUAGUGACCUUGAUAUCAUUCCACAACUUGUCUGGCCUUUGGUCAUUAGUGUUCAACGUGUCAAAUCUAUCCUUGGGAUGGGCUCUAAAUUUAGGUGGGAUAUACUCAAGGUUGUAUUUUGGCUCUCAUUGACUUGAUCUGAUUUUCUUCAGUUUCAGGUUGAACUUGCAUAUGAGCAAUUGAUGGUCUGUUCCAUGGUUGGCCCCUGGCCUCGUUCCGACUGAUGAUAUUAAGCUUUUCCAUUGUCUCUUUCCACAGAUGCAGUUGAUUUGAUUCCUGUGUGUUCCAUCUGGCGGGGGUCCAUGUGUAUUAUGUCCAUGUGUAUAGCCGCCGUUUAUGUUGGUGAAAAAAGGUGUUGACAGUGAAGAAGUCGUUGGUCUUGCAAAAUUCUGUGAUUCAAUCUCUGGCGUUGUUUCCAUCACCGAGGCCGUAUUUUCCAACUACUGAUCCUUACGCCUUUGUUUCCAACUUCUGAUCCUUCUUUGUUUCCAACUUGCACAUUCCAAUCAUCAGUAAUUAUCAAUGCAUCCUGAAUGCAUGUUUGAACAAUUUCAGACUGCAGAAGCUGAUAAAAAUCUUCAAUUUCUUCAUUUUUUGGCUUUAAUGGUUGGUGUGUAAAUUUGAAUAAUAGUUGUAUUAACUGGUCUUCCUUGUAGGCGUAUGGAUACUAUCCUAUCACUGACAGAGUUGGUCUGCAUGGCUGAGAGGGGGCAUGCAGGGCCAACAGGGCUGUCAUGACCGGCUGAAAGGAGGCCUGUGUAGCAGAAAGAAGGGCCUGCUUGCUUUUGUAUGCUGAGAAGAGCUGAGAGAGCUGUACUGCACUGAAAAAGGGAGGGGUGUGCUCUCCACCUUGGAGGAGCCUUCCAGACUUUGCCUGCGUGCGCCCUGAUCCUAAUCCUGAGUUGCAGCUGUUGAUCCUGAUCCUAAGUUGUACCGUUACUUCUUUAACAGACCACUUAACUGAUGUACGGUCUGAGUUCUGUGUAGCCAUUGCAAUGAAUUAUGGAACCCAGCAGAGAAGUAGAGAGUACCGUGGGGGGCAUGGAUGGUGUCAGAAUUGGUGAAAAGCUUGGAGAGUAGAAGUAUGUCUGACCUCUGCCUCUUAGGAAUCAGCUUUGUACUGAUGGAGGAGAUUCUUUUCCUCCUGAAGUUAAAGAACUUCAGAGGCUACUAGAACAACACAGGCCCCAAUCAGAAAAUGAGAGGAGAAAGGACACCCUUAAAAGAUAAUGGGGAAAGAACAGAGGUGAGCAGUGUAGUUCAGGCAGACCAAAGGACAGAGCUGUAAGCAAAGAGAAGAUCACUUCAGUGGUACUGAGGGAUAGCAAAGAAUGUGUGCUUUUAUAAUCAGAAGUCAUUAGUGACCUUUGAAAGAUGCAGUCACUCUCUGCAUUUGCUAGAGCAGGGGGAAAUGGCAAGAAAACAAGUAUAACACGUGUUGUUGACAAUACUAGUACGAUUAUGGAUGGUGAAGCCCAAAGUAAUCAGUUUGAAGCUGAAGAUGAAACAAGAACCAACAGUUACCAUAAAUGAGUGAAAUUGUAAUCUUAACGAAUGGGUUAAACAGCAGAUUAGACACUGCUGAGGAGAGAAUUAUUGAACCAGAAGAGAAAUCUGAAGAAUUACCCAGGAUGCAGCACAAAGGAACAUAAAUACCCAGGAUGCAGCACAAAGGAACAUAGAGAUGGAAAAUACACAAGAAAGGUUAAGAGAGAUGGAGAAUAGAGUAAGAAAAUUCAAGAUAAAUAUAACAGGAGUUCCAGAACGUUGAGGGAAGGCAAUUUUUGAAAAUUUAAUGAGUAAUAAAUUUUCCAAAUUGAUAAAAAUAGGGCCAGAUUAAGGCAUGUGAGGGUCCUAGGUACUGACAAUCUGUGGUGCCCCCUUCUCUGCUUACUCACACAUUCGAAUGGGAUAUGUGAGUUAGACAUAUACGUGUAUACGUGUGUGUGUGUCUUAGCUAUCCAUGGUGUAACUUCUUUUCAAAUGAGACUAUAAUAGAAGUGAUUGAACACAAAAGUGGUGUAUGCCAUUUUAGCGGAAUGAGAUAAACUGGAUUAUAAAUUUUUUGUGAAUGCAGAGUACAAGGAUUUUGAUCAUCUACCGCAUUUUCUAGAAAAAGAAUAUUCCACAUAUUCUACAACAAAGAAAACGAAUCAGUGAACUUAGUCGUUUCAACGUUCAAUGUAAAAUUCUCUUGAUCUCCCACAACAAAAAAUUGACUUUCACCACCAAUUUUGCUUUAAAUGGCUCAUGCUUCAGUUUUGAUGCUUGUUUUGUAAUAAAUGCUAUAAUUAUAAACGAACAAAUGAAAAGAUGUCAUAAAAUUUACUGAUCAGAAAACAAAUAUUACAACAAAUUAUUGUGUUUUAUUUUUAAUAGAUCUUCAUCUCUAACAUGUUCUAGUUAAAAACAUUUCUUUCUAUUCUCUGCUCUUACAAAUUCUUCAACGAUUUUAUCACAAGUUACUGACCAGUAUCUACUUCCAUACAUAAUAAGGACAAUGAAUCAAGUCUUUCUUGAAUCAUCGUUGUGUGCACGCUUUUCCCUGUGUCCUGUCUGGUUGGCAUCAUUGGGUCUUUGCUUGGACAACUGGUGCCCCUGUUUUGUUGAUGUCCGAAGCAUGUAUUUAUCUUGCUUAUUGGGUAAUCUGUCCCUGGAUGAAAGAAAAAAAUCGUUAGACUCAGGAAGCCCAGUUGUCCCAAGCAGGACAAAGAAAAAUAACUCCAUACCUAGACUUGUCAUAAUGAAACUGCAGAAAACCAAAGACAAAGAAAAAUCUUGAAGACAGCCAGAAGGGAAAAAAGAUAGAUUUCUUAUAAAGGACUAUACAGGAAUUAGACUUGUCAGUAGUGACAGUGGAAGCCAGGUAAGUAUGAAUAAUGUCUUCAAAGUGCUGAAAGCUUUAAAACGGGAUAAUUCUACUGAUGAAGAUAGUCAGAAGUUAAAUUCUUUUUCUUACAAAGUCAGAGUGAUCUGUCUAAAGCUCAUAUCAUUCCCCUGCUGAAAACCCUUUCAUUGCCAUCAAGUCUCAGUCCCACCUGCUGACCAGCCUCAGCUCUGGGCAUAUUUGACUCUUAAUCUAGCUCGACUGGCUUCUGCCAUUCCAGGGACACUCCACACUGUCUCCCCUAAGUCUUUGUGCCUGCUAUACCCCAAGCCUGAAAGCCCUUUCCUCCCAUUUCCCACACCUUUCACACUGGCAUUUAAGAAGGGCAUCUUACUAAAUGCCAAGGGAGAAGAACAGGAAAUAAUUACGGAAGAUAUAGUAAAUUUCUAAAUACACGGUCUGUUGGAGGGAGUAUAGAGUAUAUAAAUCACACCUGACUUGUGAGCAAUGAGAAAAGGUCACCAUCUAUCAGUUUCAUUGCCUUCUGGAGUCUUCCUUAAAAUCGUUCUUUGUCUCAACUGAAUUUAGUUUCUUGAUCCUCAAAAGCUGUCAUACUUUUCCCAAUGUUUGUUCAGGCUUCCCACACUCCUUUUUUUCAGACAGCUUUCUUAUCAUUCAGUAUAUGCAGAAUACUGACUCCAUGCUGAGCACUGUGCUAUGCUAGCCUGAGGAUCCAGUAGUGAUUGUGAAGGACACUGUGAGGUCCUUGGGCAGUCUACUGGAAACUGAUAAUGACCCCGUGGAAGAAUGAAUGGAUUUCAAGUGUGAUAAGGACCAUACAAGAAAUUAGAGGGUUCUGAAUGUGGUAGCGAGCCCUGGUGGUGCAGUGGUUAAGAGCUUGGAUGCUCUUAGAAUCCAUCAGCUGCUCCUUAGAAGCCCUAUGGGGCAGUUCUAUUCUGUCCUGUAGGGUUGCUAUGAGUUGGAAUCCACUGGACAGCAAUGGGCUUUUUGUUUGUUUUGGAAUGUGGUGACAAGGAGCACUGGUGAUGAAGUGGCCAAAGUUUGGCGGUUCGAACCCACCAGUGUGCUUCCAUAGGAUUUACAGCCUUGGAAACCCUAUGGGCAGGUUCUACUCUGUCCUUGCAGGAUCACCAUGAAUAGAAUUGACAGCAUUGGGUUAAUUUGGUAACACAGGGAACUCAACAUGGGAAGGGGCAAUCUUGAGAUGUCAGGACCCUUGGGUGAGACGAUGAGGUGAACAACUGGAGACCCUAAGCCAGUUGCCUCACGCGCUGUGCAGCUCACCUGGGGCGCCAAAUGCCUUCCUGGUGAUCCAGUGCACCCUUCAGAUGUCAUCCUUGUCUGUGUGUAUAUGGAAAAGGAGGUGCUUUCUGGGGCUGACCCUGACAGCUGAGGGUCAAUAUGUGGCAUCACACAGUUCGAGAAGCUUUGCAGAGUGGAAACUUUCAGGCAAAUGUAUGUCAUUUGUCCUGUGUGUAAGUCAAGGUAGAAAAAAAAGGCUGAGAACCUCUGCUCUAGGUAAGCAUGAAAAAUAACACUUGACAAUUAUCAACAUUAUAAGAAUGAAGGAUUAUGGAUAUGCCUGUAUUUUUUUUUUUUUUUUUGUAUUAGAGGGAGAGAAAGAGCUGUUUGUCACGUUCGAGUCCAUUGUUUUGGCUAUUGUGUAAAUUCAUCUCGUUGAAGGUUUCUCACGUUUUCUUUGGCCCCCCCACUUUACCAAACAAGGUAAAGCAUAGAUGUUAGCUGUUAGAAUUUCCUGGCUGCUUUAGGAUUUUUAUUGGAUUGCCUAAUUUACAUGUAAUUAUGCUUUAUGGUUUGGGCCAUAGGAAAUAAAGCGCCCUGGCUUUGCUACUGUGUUUGGUUUCACCCUCCCAAGAACUCCUCCAAGGUCAAUUAUGCAUGUUUACAAACUGAGGAGCAGACUGAGAGGCUAGUAGUUUAAAUUAGAGUUGUGCAGUGAGAACACUGGAUUGCAGUCCAGAUCUUGGAUUACAAAACCCCCCUCUUUGCAAUACACCCCGCUAACACGUAGACGCGGCAUUCUUGAUUCGAUGCCCACCUCCUCCUCUUGGAAUGGGAGGGGUGGCGGGCUGGUGUGGAGCGCAGGUAUCCGGGGAGGCAUGAAGUCGCCUGGCAACUGAAACGCCUUGGCGUCCAUGCUCAAGAAGACUACGCACUGGGGGGGACCGGAAAACGAGUGGAUUUUUGUCAGGAAAAUAGCCUGAUCGACGUCACUUAGGUCGGCGGGAGUGGAAGGAGGAACCGCUUGCCGGAAGGGGCGCAGCCGUCCGCCAAAGCUACGAAGCUGCGAGCUCCGACCCGCCGGGCCUGCGAGUGACGCAGAACAGGGAGGUGGAGUAUGGAGAUUACAGACUCGGUGCAUUUCGGAACCUAGUUCUUCCUACAGAUAUGCCAGGAUCGUCUGAUAGUACCAAUAUUAAGAUAAAAAUGCCACAAUCUGUUUGCUUUGUUUUGUUUUGUUGCGAUAUAUAAAGCCCAAGUAGCGUUGUUUCAGGCGUGACCCGAACCUUACAGUGGUGUGCUCCGUAGUGGGCAGUGCUGGACGCGAAAGUUACUCAUACUUACCUGGCAGGGGAGAUACCAUGAUCACGAAGGUGGUUUUCCCAGGGUGAGGCUCAUCCAUUGUACUCCGGGUGUGCUGACCCCUGCGAUUUCCCCAAAUGCGGGAAACUCGACUGCAUAAUUUGUGGUAGUGGGGGACUGCGUUCGCGCUUUCCCCUGAUAACUUGUGGCUUAACGAUAGAAGCUGUAGGUGGUUGGCGGGUUGUAGUUUUCACGUCCAUUCGUUAAUGCCUCAUGUGCUGCUGGGAGCCUUGUAAUCUGUAAGGGUGAUUUAUUAACUUAAUCUUUUAAGUAUCGAAGCCAUGCGUGCACCGUUUUUCUCUUAACAAAACGGCUUUCUAGGUUUGGUUAGGGCUGUGUGUUUCUUCCAGAGCUUUUGGGUGGUACAAGCUCUCUGCCACGCCAGUUAAUAGGAACGUCGCCGGGCUACCUCCGCCUAACGGUACUGCAUGAGAAAAGCCAAACCCGCUGCUGUCGAGUCGAUUCCGACUCAUACCGGCCCUACUGGACAGAAUAGGAUUGCCCCACAGGGUUUCCAAGGAGCGCCUAGUGGAUUCAAACUUACGUUUUUGGUUAGCAGCUUUUUGUUUAACAGCGUAGCUCUUAACCACUAUCCACUAGGGUUUCCCCAUAAGAAAAGGCCUGGCGAACUUCUUAAGAUUACCAGUACAGCCACGAAAACCCUAUGGAGCAAUUCUACUCUGUAACACAUGGGGUCGCCAUAAGUCAGCCAGAGACGACAGCAAGGGGUUUCGUUUUUGUAUGUCGCAUUAACCCAGCAAAGUCCAAGUCGAAAUGUACUAGAAGUAUGCUUUACACAGAGGAUCUUGAAGAUGUAGUAGGAAAAAGAGAGUGUACAUCUCCUUUUUUUAUACUGACUACAUUUAGAAAUAAUAGUAGUUUGGAUAUAUUGGGAUAAGUAAACCAUUUUUUAUUUUUAAUGUAAUUUUUUUUUUGGUGAAAAUACAUGCAACACUCGCUCCACUCGCUCCCAUUCCACAGUUGCUAGACAUGAUGAUCAGUGAAAUUGGUUACAUGUUCAGUGUCAACAUUCUUAGUUCUGUUCUAGUUGUUUCACUUAUGUUUACUUAAUCUCCUUGCCCCUUAGUCUUCUCAUUUAUGCUUUAAAGUAGCUGUUGACUCUGGUUUUAAAUAUAUAUAUAUAUAUAUAUUUUUUUUUUAAAGAAAUGCAAUACUCAAGGGUGACAAUCUUUACUCCUUGGGCUAAAAUGUUAUUUACUUUAAAAAUGAUUUCAAAGGACAGUUUCAAUUCAAGGUUUGAAGAGCAACUCAGGGCCACAGUCUUUUGAAGACUCCUCCAGCCUCAAUUAAAAAAAAAGAAAAAAAGCCUCAACAGGUCCAAAAAAUCCAGAUUCUUUAAGAAUUUGAGGUUUUUUUCCCACAUUUUUCUUCUUUUUUUUUUUAACAGGAUUCAUCUAUUGUAUUCCUGACCAGAACGUUCAGUAGUGGUAGUUGAGCACCAUCUAGUUCUUCUGGUCUCAAGGCGGAGGAGGCAAUGCAUCAUGUAGACAGUUAGUCCUGUAGUUCCUUCUCUGAUUCUUGGGUUUCUCUCUUUCUGUUUUGUUGCAGACUACCAAUAGUUGUGUGUACAAGUAAACCAUUUGGUUAAAAUUGAUUUCAGCUGUUUCUUUUUACUUUUUUCACACGGCUACUGGAAAUAUUUUAAAUAUGUGACUCACGUUAUAUUCUAUUGGACAGCUGCUCUGAUUUGAACUCUUGUGUGCCAUCAAGUUGAUUCUGACUUACAGUGAUCCUACAUGCAGAGUAGAACGGCCCCAUAGAGUUUCCUAGGCUUUAAUUUUUAAGGGAGCAAAUUGCCAGAUCUUUUCUGCCACAGAACAGCUGGUGGGUUCAUACUGACCUUUUGGUUAGCAGUCUAGCACUUAACCAUUGUACCACCAGGGCUCCUUAACUUUACCCCUCACUGCUCCUUUAUUUUAAAAAGUUUGCAGAAGGUCCUGCUGUGUUACUUCCACCUACUCAUAUAUUCUACCCACAAUGCCUUGCCCUUCCUCAGCUGCCUGGAAAACACAUACUUCAUUUCAGCUCUUUGUUUUGUGUAGCCACCUGGGAUUCACCCAAAUCGCCACUGAACCCAAUGCUUACUUACCCAUUAGACAUGGUAGGCACAGUGCCUAGGCCCAUGGUACUCUCAGGGGCCCACGAGUAUGUUUUAACCUUUUAAAAUCAGUAGAAAAAUUAACUUUUAGGUUGAAGAAAAUGUUUUAAUGUAUUAUAUAGCCAUCUUUUUAUCAAUGCAGUUGUAAAAUAUAAUUUUAAUAUUUUUUAAAUGGAGAAAAGGGUCAGGGCCAAUGAAGGCAAAUGUAUAGGGCCCUCAAAAGCCAUAAUGUGGUCCUGAAUGAAUCUAGUUCUUACCCCUUAUAUUAGCACUCACCACCCUUGCAGUUUUAGACAGGUCUCAUUCCCUUACAGACAGUGAUCUUAUUUACUGCAGGCAAAACCCAUCCCUCCAUUAUUCCUCUUAGUAUCCCCAGUGCGUAGAAUAGUGACUGGCACAUUAAAAGUUUAAGUGGUUGUGAAUGAAUGAGAAGUAUGUAGUACGUACAGUAUAAGUAAGGACUUGAGAACAGGUGUUUUUUCGCCAUUAUAUUCCCCACAGCAUUCAUAGAAUCUCAAGGAUACUUUUUGAAUGCAGAAAAUACUGGAGUAGGCAACGUAUUUGUCAGGAAUGGAGCUUCCUCAGCAUAGCACAAAGUGCCUGCAAGUACCUUUGAAAUCAAAGCCAAGGGGGACAUAGAUAGUCGUAGAGGCCUCAGAGCUGUGAGCUUGGCAUCCUUGGAUACGACGGAGAAGCCAGAAUGUAAUCUUCCUUGUGUGAAGACACACCUCUUGAAGCAAAAUUAGGAAGGUUGUUCAAUAAUGAGAUGAUGUUGCAUGACUGAGGUGGGCCAGCUCGCACUUUCUGGAUGAAAGUUCUAGCAGAUGUCUAAAUAGAAUUAGUGUGGUUUAUACUGCACAGGCCUGAGGCUGAGAAAUGCAGGCUGGGGCCAGUGCGUGUCAGGAGUGAGUGAAUGGGUUCAGACCAGGGAGUUCACUUUCCUGGCAGGGGACAUUUAGAUUCAGUUGUGUUAGUGUUGUGGACUUCUUGACAGUCAUAACUGCUUUAUGAACUUAAUAACGAAACUCAGCUUUUAAAAAUUACCAAGUGUACAUGUCACCUUUAUUUGUGUACACAUAUGUAUGAAUAUAUAUGUGUAUAUUCACUAUAAUUAUUACUGAUAAUUAGCAUCAUCGUUUCUAGAGUAAUCAAAUCAAGCACCUGUUAAACCUGUUGCCGUCAAGUCGAUUCCGACUCAAAGCAACCCUAUAGGACAGAGUGGAACUGCCCCGUGGGUUUCCAAGGAGCAGCUGGUGGAUUCGAACUGCUGACCUUUUGGUUUGCAGGUGAGCUCUUAACCACUGUGCCACCAGGGCUCCAAUUAAGCACAGACAGCUAAAAUAUGGAAAAAAUCAUGAUAUGAACCUAAGUAGUACCCCAUGUUCAAAAAUCUUUAAAUACUGUGCAAAAUACUCCCAGAUUUGGCCUCCUUAUUAUGAAGAAAAAAGUCUAAUCAUAUUAUGUGUAUCUCACAACCAGUAACAUUAUUUCAGUGCAUUUCUUUCCAGCAACUUUUCUUGCAUUUUUACAAAAUUGCAAUCAUGCUAUACAUCCCAUUUCGUAUCCUUUUUUCAAAUAACAUUAAAUAUACAAAUUUUUCAUAUUAAUCAUUAUUAUAUUACUAUUAUGUUUGCAUAAUACUCCAUUUCACUAUUGUUUUGAUUUCUAGGAUUUUUGGUUUUUGCCAUUCUAAGUAAAUCUGUGAUGAACACCAUUGUGCAUAGGAAGUUGUCUUUCUCUAGGAUUACUUUCUUUAGGCAAGUUAGAAGAAAUUACUAGGUCAAAAUGUUUGAACGUUUUUUGACACUAUAUGCAUAUAAUUAGGAUUAAAUUUUUUUCACUGUAAGUAAUAUAGCAAGGUUACAGAAUAUUUAGGGGAAAACAAUGUGUAGUUCUGUGUUGACACUAACAAAACUAUGAUUAGUUGACAUUUUGCUGUAUUUCCUUUAAGUCUUUUAAACUUUGCCUUUUAAAAAAUAAUUGUAAUUAUACUGUAUGUUCAGUUUCAUAUACUGCUUUGUUUGCAUGCAACGUUGUAUUUACAAUUUAGGCUUCUCUCUCAUUCCUAGAGCCCUACUGGCGCAGUACUUAACUGCUAGGCUGCUAACCGAAAGGUCAGGGUUUUGAUCCCACCAGCUGCUCUGAGGGAGAAUGAUGUGGCAGUCUGUUUCCGUAAAGAUUACAGCCUUUGAAGAAGCCUUAUGGGGCAGUACUACUCUGCGUCAGAGUCUAUUCAACAGCAGCCAAUGAGGUUUUUGUUUGUUUGUUUUCUCAUUCUUAACAAAGUUGAAGUUCUUCUUAAAAUUAACUGUGAAUCCAGACUCUAGAAAGACAUCUAGAUUUUGGAAACUGUAAGAUGAAAGGAAUCAGAAAAAUAAUCUCUAAAGAAUUUAAAAAUAUUUAUCAUCUAAGGAGCCCUGGUGGCUCAGUGAUGGUUAAGCUUGGCUGCUAACAGAAAGGUUGGAGGUUCAAACCCACCCAGCAGCUCUGUGGGAGAAAGACCUUGCGAUCUGCUCCUUUCUAGAUUAAAAAAAAGAAAACCCUAUGGAGCAGUUCUACUCUGUCACAUCCGAUGGCUAUAAGUUGAAAUCGACUGGAAGGCAUCUAACAAUAAGAACAUGGCCCAGUAUAUAUCAAAACUAAUGAAAACGCAGCAUGUGAGGUAUUACCCAAAAAACCCAUUGCCGUCGAGUCGAUUCCGACUCAUAGUGACCCUGUAGGACAGGGUAAAACUGCCCCGUCAGGUUUCCAAAGAGCACCUGGUGGAAUCGAACUGCCGACCUUUUGGUUAGCAGCGGUAGCUCUUAACCACUACGCCACCAGGGUUUCCAUGUGAGGUAUAAUCCUAGUAAAAUAUAUAUAUGCAAAAAGAUUGGAAUUACCAUAUAUAGCAUCAAAGUGUUAACAGCAGUCAUUUGAUAGUGGGAUUUUUGUUAUUUUAGUUUUGUUUUUGUAUCUUUCUGUAUUUCCCAAAUCAUCUACAAGGGUUUUUUUUUUUUUUUUAAACACUCGUCAUCAUUGAAAAAACAACCUCCAGGUAUAAAACAAGAUAAAGCUUUAAAGAAAUCACCUAGACCAAUAGGGAGAUAGCAUCAAGUCUGUGAGACUAUAGUUGCUGCAAACACAAUUUUUUUUUUUUUUUGCCUGGAGUGCCUAGCCAGCAGGGGCAGAAAGGAAAACAAACACACGGUCAUGUAUUCUUGUUCCUAAAAAGAAGGGACGAGCGCUUGGUUUGUUAACAAAGAUGGUUCUUGUCAGGCCAGAUACUUUUUCCCUUUGCGUCGAGCCUGCAGAGAGAAUCUUGGCGAAGCGGGUUUGGCAGCCCCAGCUACGUGGGCACCUGGCCAGGGAAACACGCCCAGGAGCUCAAUCACCUGCAGGGCUCGCGAAGCAUUUUGCACGUAUUCUCUUAUUCAGCCCUCACAGAAACUUUUUUAGGUAGGGAGGCAGUAUUAUUACUAUUUUACAGCUUAAAAGCGGAAACAGAUCUCGAGUUUGACCAGUUCCCAGACUGGAGCCGCGAUUCAGACCAGGCGUAACAGCUCCGCUGCCUUCACCUCUGCCGCGCCCCACGCCACCGCCUCCCGAACUACUCUACCCUGCAGCGGAGGAUUCAGCUUCGGUUGUUACAAAUUCACGCCGGGACCUUUCCAUGUGCCCGGAAGAGGAAAGAAUUUUUUAAUCUCUUGAGCCACAGCUGCCAAUAACAUGCCUUUGGGAUUGUCGCGAGGCGUAGCUAGAGCGAACGCAUCCGGAGGCCACCGGCGAAAAGAGGAAGGCCACCGGCGAAAAGAGGAAGGCCGCCGGGAGGCUCUUGACGUCACUGCAAGAGGUGGUGACAUGUAGAUAAGGGGUCCGGUGACAGCCGGGUGGGGUAUUCUCUUCGCCGGGCGGAAAUAGCCCUGUUUCCAGCGAAUAUCUGAAAGCAGGUAGCCUGAUCUGUAUCGUAUGAGGAACUAUGUAGUCUCGAAUUGAAGACCCAGAAAACUCAAAAUAUAAUUCACCAUGACUCUACAGAAUUCUGAGGAUGAGGGUGAGGGAACAGGCGAGCCCAGCAACUCAUACUUACCUGGCAGGGGAGAUACCAUGAUCACGAAGGUGGUUUUCCCAGGGCGAGGCUCAUCCAUUGCACUCCGGAUGUGCUGACCCCUGCGAUUUCCCCAAAUGUGGGAAACUCGACUGCAUAAUUUGUGGUAGUGGGGGACUGCGUUCGCGCUUUCCCCUGAUAAGUUGGUUUGCGAAAAAUAGCUUUAUUUUUAGGGUUGCUACGAUAUACUCAAGUUUUUUUGACACUAAUGUACUUUCUGGCAUUCUCUCUGUUUUAGUAAAUGCUCUCUUAGGAAAAAGAAAAGAAUUUUUUUGUUGUUGUCUUGGGACAAAUUUUUAAAGAAAGGCUCUCAGAAGCUGGAGAAAUCAGCUGCUUAUGCUGUUGUUUUGUUCCGACUCACAGGAACCCAAAGCACGAUAGAACAUUUACCCGGUCCUGCGCCAUCCUUAUAAUCGUUGUUAUGCCUGAGCCCAUUGUUGUAGCCACUGUCAGUCCACCUCCUUGAGGGUCUUCCUCUUUUCUGCGGACCCUAUACUUUGCCAAACAUAACGUCCUUCUCAUCAGAAUGUUAAAAGGAGGAAUCCUUUAUGUUUACAUCCUGCUGGAUAAAGUGGAGGAUAAAAGAGGACAAGACGCUUGACUGGAUGAAUUGACGCUGUGGCUAUAAGAUGGGCUCAAGCAUAGCAACAAUUGUGAGGAUGGCGCACGAUGGGGUAGCGUGUUUCAUUCUCAGUGACAUAGGGUCACUGAGUUGGAACUAACUCCACGGCACCUAGCAAUAAGAUGCACAUCCUAUAGGCUAGCAGAGCCCCGGCUAAUCCAUCAGACGCUCCUUGGAAACCCUAUGGCUGGUACUACUCUGUCCUUCAGGGUCACAGAAUUGACUCGAAGGCAGCGGGUUUAUAGGUUAGCAGUUUGUUUUUGAAUGUAAACGUCAAUGGUAUUAAAUUCACAAUAUUGUGUAACAGUAAUUACUGUUUCAAGAUCUUUUUUUUUUUAAUCAUUCGUAAGAGAAAUCCUAUAUACCGUACCCGUUACGCUAUUGGCUUUGUUGUGUUUGUGCACUGUUGAGUUGAUUCCUACUCAUAGCGACCCUACAGGACAGAGUGGAACUGCCCCAUAGGGUUUCCAAGGCUGUAGUCUACAGGGAAACCUUGGUUGAGAGCUGCUGCUGCUAACUAAAAGGUCAGCAGUUCGAAUCCACCAGGCGCUCCUUGGAAACUCUAAGGGGCAGUUCUACUCUGUCCUGUAGGGUCGCCGUGAGUUAGAAUCCACUGGAUGGUAGUGGGUAAUCUUUACAGAAGGAGCCCUGGUGGCGCAGUGGUUAAGCGCUCAGGUGCUAAGCAAGAGGUGGUGGUUCAAAUCUGCUCCUGUAAAGAUUACAGCCUAAGAUGCAUUACGGGGCAUUCUGCUCUGCCACAUUAGGUCUCUGAGUUGGAAUCCCCUCAGUGGCACCACCAGCAACAAUCUUAACGGAAGCUGACUGCCACAUCUUUCUCCUGAAGAGCGGCCGGUCGGUUCGAACAGCUGACCUACCAGUAGCAGCCCAGCGCUUAACCACUGUUCCGCCAGGGCUCCUAUUCAACUUUAUGUCUCUAUGGAUUUGCGUAUUCUAGGUACCUCAGAUAAAUAGAAUCAUACAAUACUUACCCUUUUGUGCCUGACUUAGUUCACUUAGCAUAAUGCCUUCAAGAUUUAUCAAUAUUGUAGUGUGUAUCAGAACUUCCCUCCUUUAUAUGGCUGCAUAAUAUUCCAUUGUGUGUACAGUAUGUGCCACAUUUUGUUUGUCCAUGUAUCUGUUAUGGACGCUUGGUUACUUUCCACCUUUUGACCGUAGUGAGUAAUGCUGCAAUGAAUGGUGGUGUACAGUAUCUGAAGUCUCUACUUUCACAUCUUUGGAGCAUAUACCUAAAAGUGGAAUUGCUGGUUUGUAAGGUAAUUCUGUUUUUAGUUCUCUGAGGAACUGCCAAACAUUUUCGUAGCGGCGGCACCAUUUUACAGUCCCUCCGAGGAUGGAUGAGGAUUCCAUUUUCUCUACCUCCUCCCCAAUAGUUACUAUUUUUCAUUUUUUUGAUGAUGAUAACCAUCCUAGUAGGUGUGAAGUGAUAUCUCAUUGCGUGUGUGUUUUUUUUUAAUUGUGGUAAAGUAUAUGUAACAAAACAUUUGCCAUUUCAACCAUUUUUACGUGUGCAAUUCAGUGACAUUGAUUACAUUCACCAUGUUGUGCAGUCAUCAUCACUCUCUGUUUCCAAACGUUUUUCAUCACCCUUGGUGGAAACUCAGUGCCCCUUAAGCAGUAAAUCCCCAUUUUCACCUCCCACCCACUUCUGGUAACUACUUCUGGUAACUACUAAUAAACUUUGGUCUCUAUGAAUUUUCUUUUGCUGGAUACUUCAUAUAAGAGGGAUCAUACAAUACUUCUAUGUGAAAUUUUGAUUUUACUUGCCAAAAUGUUUUAAGGUUCAUCUAUAUUGUUGCAUGUAUCAGAACUUCAUUUCCUUUUAUGGCUGAAUUAUAUUCCAUUUUAUAAUAGAGUUAUUCCUUAUUACAUAAGUUAUUGGAGGUCCCUUAAUUAGGAUGGUGAUUUUCUUUCUUGCCUUCUCUGUGGGGUGGCAUCAAAUUUUCUUGCUUGGGAAAACUGCUGCCUAAUUUGUGGCUGAAUGUUCUUUUAACCUGCCAAGAUCAAUUUGCUAAUUUAGUUUUCAUUCUAGUUGUGAGAUGCUGCUUAAUAAAAAGGGAGAAUAUUAAUGUGUGUGCUCUGAAGCUAAAGUGGUAAAACGUGGAUUAAACCAAGACGUUCCCACGUGGGUUACUUGAAGCCUCUUAGAACUGUAGAAGCCUCUGAGUGUUUCCAUACCUGAGAAUGAAAGCUUGAAAAUGCCAAGUAUGUGGUGGUUGGAACUGCCAGAGAGGAGGACGACCCUGUCAAGUAACUAUGAUAGAAAGCAGUAAGCUGUAGGAGCUGGCUUGUUGCAAAAGUACUCAACAGUGCUGAGAACCGUGAAUAAUAGCUUAAGGCCCAGUACUCCCCAGGCACUAGCUGAGAUGUUGAGCCUAGUACUCAACAGAUGCUAGUCUCUUCAAACACAGGGCUGGAUGGUUGGGAGGAUGCUUUAAGAAUGGCUAGAAAAGAAGAAAGAAGUGAAGACUAGAAUACUCACCUGGCCAUCAUCAAUGACCGCCCUGACAGGGGACACAGCAGGAGUCCCUGAAGGAGCGGGAGAAAAGUGUGGAACAGAACUGUAAUUCACAUGAAAAGACCAGACUUAAAGGUCUGACUGAGACUGGAGGAACCCCAAACCCGUGGUCCCCAAACACUGUAUUAAUCCAGAACUAAAACCAUUCCCGAAGCCCACUCUUCAGACAAAGAUUAGACUAGGCUAUAAAACGUAAUACUCGUGAAGUGUGUGUUUCUUAGUUCAAGCAGAUAUGUGAGACCAGAUGCAUGGCUCCUGUCUGGAGGCAGGAUGAGAAGGCAGGAAGGGACAGGAACUGGUUGAAUGGAACAAGAAACCUGGGGCGGAAAGGGGAAGUGUGCUGUCACAUUAUAGGGAUUACAACUAAUGUCACAUAACAAUAUGUGUAUAAAUUUUUAUAUGAGCGAUUAACUUCAGCUGUAAACCUUCACCUAAAGCACAAUUAAAAAAAAAAAAAAGGAAAAGGAAAAAAAACUUAGACUACUCAGACAUACUCAGCAGUAGAUGUCAGUAAGUAAAUCCUCAGAGAUCCAUGUAUUCUGGAGAUUUAGGGGAAAAAAGGGGUAGGGUUAAUAGCAAACCUUGUAUCUUGGAAUAGUCCACGACACUGAAGUGGGUCUGGGGGAUUUUAUUUGUCUGUAUUAUUUGAACAUUUUACACAAAGAAUGUAUUCAUGUAUUACUUGUAUAAAUACAAUUUAAAAAUAAUAAGAUUAAAUGAGCUGCAGUGUCACAUGCAGCCGAACAUUGCAAUAUGACAGCACCUGAAAGAGCACAUUGGAUUUGUCCAGCUGGAAGAAGCUCUGGGGGCCUUGGCCAGCAGCCCAGGGUAAGGGAUGUGGGGAGAAGUAGCAUACGGGCAGGCCCUCAGUGCAGGCCCCUGAAUGGACGGAUGAAGUGGAGGUGGCAACUGUAGACUCCCCUUUCAAGAACAUUCUCUACAUUCUUUUUUAUAAUUUUUGAAAUUGUCCCAUGUCUUUUUUAAGUGAAAUUAAGUAAAACCUUAUGCACAUUCCUAUGAAAUAGCUUGCUUUUAUUAAAGAAUUGCCUAAAUUAUCAUGGAAAUAUACCACUGUUUUUAUACCUGGAAAUAGAAGGCAGAUUUGGGGGGGCAGGCAGACAAAUCAUUAUAAAAGGUUCAGUUUAUAUUUAUUUAAAACGAAACAGUGUUUUGUGAGUCAGUUUUGUUUGCUUAAGAACAUUGCCAUGUUAUCAGAUGGUUAGGAUGCUGUUUGUGGUCACCGACAUGAAUAUUUACAAAUAUCAAAGGAAAUAAAGUAAAGGCACAAACUUUCAGCACUUUCUACAUUUUGUCAGUAGAUAAGUUAAGGUAUUACCUCUCAGUAACCUACAAUUCCUUAAGUCUCCUGGCUGGGGAAGUUAGACCCACCGAAUGUGUCAGCUCUUGGCCUUUGCUUUCACCUCAACUAUGGUCGCGCCGUCUGUGCUUCUCCAUGUGGCACUCAGACCCUGAUACAUAUGCUUGCUGAUCCAUGUAAAUGAAGCAUGUUUAUAGAGCACCAACAUUGUGCCACUUGUCUGCCCUGCUAGACAGUGAGCGUUGUGAUAGCCGCAAUCCAGUUUUAGGUGUCUUAAACACACUUAGGACACAUAUGUAUGCUGUGAACACUUGAUUGUAUGAUGGCUGGUUGUGGAUGCCACAUGUGGAAAGUUAAAACUUCUCUACAUGGUUCUUACCAGGCAUAGUAACCGCUCACAGCUUCGGAGAGGUGGCUCAGUGACAGGCAGAAUUGGAAGCACUUUACACAUAUUCACUCUUUUAAACCUCUCAGCAAGCUCCUGGUUAUUAUUAUCCCCAUUAUACAGAUGAAGAAGUGGAAGUCUAUUGAGGCUGAAUAAUUUCUCCAAGGUCAAACAGUUAGGGAGGUGACACAGCCAGGACAGGAACUUUGGAGUCAGAAUUGUGAACCUAACCCGCUACGUUAUGCUAUUUACAGUCCUGCAUAAUGACUGCAUUUGGGUACUAACCUUUCAAAGUCAAUACUUCCUAAUUACCGUAAUGACCCAACAAAACUCUAAUUUUAUUUCAGUCCCAGGAAUUGAUCAUAAAUUUAUCCAGUUCUUCAGUUUCAACAACAUCAAGGGUAAACAUUAAUUUUUAGUUUCAGUAAUUGUUCUCCUAGUUCUCUUCAUUAUAAAUGAACAUGAACAGAUUUCCAAAUGUGAAAAAAUCUAAAUUGCUUCCCUGUGUUUCUGGUUCCAUUAGAAUAAGCAUGCUACUCUCUUUUGGAAACAGGAUGUCUCGGCCUGUCCAUCUUCCAGUCCCCUGUCCUGUUCAGCUUGGCUCCUUAAGAAAUGACUCCUUGGAAGCUCAGCUUCAUGAAUAUGUGAAACAAGGGAACUAUGUGAAAGUGAAGAAGAUUCUUAAGAAAGGAAUUUAUGUCGAUGCAGUUAACUCCCUAGGCCAGACGGCACUAUUCAUUGCUGCAUUACUAGGUCUUACGAAAUUAGUUGAUGUUCUGGUGGAUUAUGGAUCAGACCCAAAUCACCGCUGCUUUGACGGAAGCACCCCCGUCCAUGCAGCAGCAUUUUCAGGCAAUCAGUGGAUCCUCAGCAAACUGCUGGAUGCGGGAGGUGACUUGAGACUCCACGAUGAGAAGGGCCGAAGCCCUCAGGCCUGGGCAUUGGCAGCUGGGAAGGAGCGCAGCCCCGAGAUGGUGGAGUUCAUGCAGCGCUGUGCCGUGCACAUGCAGGCCAUCAUCCGGGGCUUCUCCUGUGACCUUCUGAGGAAGAUCGACUCCCCCCAGCAGCUCAUCAGCAGCCCACCCCGGUUUGGGAGCCUCAAGCAAGGAAAUCCUACUGGCUCUCCUAACCGACUGCUUAAAGCUGGAGUUGUGUCUGCCCAAAAUAUCCACAGCUUUGGCUUUGGGAAGUUUUAUGUUACAGGAGGGAAGCAGCUGGCGUAUCUGGGCUCUCUUCCAGUAAUUGGAGAAAAAGAAGUGAUUCAGGCUGACGACGAGCCUGCCUUCUCCUUCUCCACUGGCCCCUACAUGGUCAUGACCAACCUGGUGUGGAACGGGAGCAGGGUCACAGUGAAGGAGCUGAAUCUCCCCACCCACGCGCACUGCAGCAGGCUGCGACUAGCCGACCUGCUCAUUGCGGAGCAGGAGCACAGCAGCAAACUGCGGCACCCCCACCUCCUGCAGCUGAUGGCCGUGUGCCUGUCCCAGGACCUGGAGACGACCCGCCUCGUGUAUGAGCGCAUCACCAUCGGCACACUGUUCAGUGUCCUCCACGAAAGGCGCUCCCAGUUUCCCAUGCUGCACAUGGAGGUGAUUGUACACCUGCUGCUGCAGAUCUCUGACGCCCUGAGAUACCUGCAUUCCCGUGGUUUUGUCCACUGCUCCCUCAGCUCCUAUGCUGUCCAUAUCGUCUCCACCGGGGAAGCGAGGCUCACCAACCUGGAGUUCAUGAUGGAAAGCCAGGAUGGAGGUGCACACAAGGACCUGACUCGAGUACCCCUCCCGACCCAGCUGUACAACUGGGCUGCCCCAGAGGUGAUUUUACAGAAGGCUGCCUCCCUGAAGUCAGACAUCUACAGCUUUUCUAUGAUCGUGCAAGAGAUUUUAACAGACAGCAUACCCUGGAAUGGCUUAAAUGGCUCAGUUAUUAAAGAAGCUGUAGUCUUGGGAAAUUACUUAGAAGCUGAUGUCAGGCUUCCAAAACCUUACUAUGAUAUUGUUAAGUCAGGCAUCCAGGUCAAGCAGAAAGACCGAACUAUGAACCUUCAAGAUAUCCAGUAUAUUCUGAAGAAUGACUUAAAGGAUUUUAUCGGAUCCCAGAGAACUCAGCCAACCGAGAGCCCCAGAGUACAGAGAUAUGAACCCCAUCCUGAUGUCAACAUCUAUCUAGGAUUUACUUCAGAGCACCCAAAAGAGCCCCUCAACUUGGAAAUAAAAGAGCUGAAGGAGACCGGCAGUCAGCUUCAUUCACCAAGGGGUUACUCUUCCCCCACCGAGAAAGCAGCCCUAGGUGUUCAGGCCCCAGAUCCAAGUCUGGUGGCCAGGGAGACUCAGGACCAAGGUGCUGCUUUUCCUGUGUCAUCUGUGGCGGAAGAGGCCAGGAGCCCUAGUGAAGGUCAGGCGAGCCUCUGCAGCUUCGAAAUCAAUGAAAUUUACUCAGGCUGCUUGGAUGUGGGAGAUGACAAAGAAGAGGAGCCCCCAAGAUCUGUGUCUUCUCUUGAAGAGGAUAGACCAACCGAGGUAGAUGAACUGCAGUCCAUGGAGGAAGAGUUGGCCAAGAUGGAGAGAGAGGCAUGCAGUCUUUGCGAUGAGGAUGGUAGCUCCUUGGAAGCUGAGACAGAGCUCUCCUUUGAGGACUGGGACUGGGAAAAUGGUUCGCUUCGUUCACCCAGCAUAGGUGAGCCUACCAGAGAAGCCAAGGGCAAUGUGAACAGGUCCGUGACCGAGGAGUACAUCAGUAAGUGUGUGCUGAAUCUAAAGAUUGCACAGACAUUAAUGCACCAGAAUGCAGAUUUGCUGAGGAAUACCCAGCAGAAAAUCAAUAAGCUUGAGAUGAUCCAGAGGGAGCAGGAGGAGCACAGGUCUUUCUGGGCGACUUCAGGAGAGUUUGCAAAUGUCUAUGGUACACCUUCAGCCCUAGGUCCCCCAGCUUUGGGCUACGUCCCUCCUGUCAUGCCACUGUCAGGGGACCAGCAGCUGGGCACCAGUGGCAAUUCCCAGACCCUCGCAAGGUCUCCAAGGAUAGUGCAAGACUUCCAAGAGGGACAUUUUGGCAAAAGAUCCAGGAAAAGAAGUAACUACGGCUGGAAACCUUUCGCCCCGUUUACCCAGGUCUCUGAAAAAAGCCCUGGCGAUCAGUCAGAGAAGAGCCAUCAGCUGCCAACUCUUUGUGGCUCAGGAAAACAGAACAGAGGUGAAAAACCUCAGCCCACUCAAGGAGCCAAGGACAGCUUGGAUGGAAGCAGGAACCCAGAUACGGAUAGUCAUGGAAGGCCUAGACAGUCCAGUUCCCAGGGCAAAGUCACACAGCUAAACAGUGCACUCUUCGCGGUGUCAAGCCCCCUGCAGGGACAUCCCGGGCUACCCAGCCCUUGCCAGGAGUCUACCAGGAUGAGGAUGGGAUCUGUGUCUUCUGAAAUCUGUCAUCCAAAAUCAAGAAACCGUGAAGAUGAAGAGGUACACUUAAAAUGGAAAACGGAGGUGAAAGAGAUGGCAGAGAGAGCAGCUGCUGGGCAGCUCAUGGUAUCUCCUUGGCAUCCUCAGAAGAGCGUGGCUUUAGAGAGUGAGGCUGAAAACAAGCCUGAUCCCCUGCUGCAGCCCCCCACUAGGAACCCUGAGAACGUGGACUGGCAACAAGCAAUAGAGUAUCCUAGGAAAAAUGACAAGCCAGGAGGGAACGGCAAGUGUGACAAAACAGACCAGAGUGACCAGCCCAGUGGGCAGCCUGGGUCUUGGAGCUUCACCAGUGUCAGGCAUCUGUCCCUCAGAAAGAAUGACCAGCCAGAACAUAGUGAAGCCUUUCAAGCAAGUUCUGACGCACCCGUGGGCACUGAGAAAUCUUACAGUGAUCAGUCUGUGCAGUCAACGUGUUCACUAGAAUCUUCUGAGGACAUAACAGAUGAAUUUUUAACUCCAGACUAUGAGUAUUUUUACUCCUCGGCUGCUCAAGAAAACUUAGCUCUAGAGACCUCAAGUCCCAUAGAAGAGGCCUCAGAAGGAAUACAAGGUGCACUUGCCCAACCUCCAGGCUCUGGCGAGGAAAGGCCCCAAAUGACGGGAAGAAUCCUUGGGAGGAAUGAUGAGACUUUGUCCAAAUCUCAGUUCCAACCUAUACGAAGUGCUGAAAGUGAACAAGAAGAGUCUUUGAAGGAAUCGCCAAAGGAACAGAAAGAAAAAGACAUAUCCUUGAUGGAUAUUCAAGACCUGUCUAGUAUCUCCUGUGAACGAGACAGCUCUUUUAAGGAAGCUUCUUGUAAAACACCCAAAAUAAACCACGCACCUACUAGUGUCAGCACUCCGCUCAGCCCAGGGUCAGUUUCUUCAUCUGCCAGUCGAUAUAAAGACGGUCUUGAAAGUAUCACAUUUCAGGUGAAAACAGGGUCUACCUCUUGCUGGAACAGUCAAGAGUCUCUUCGAACCUCAUCUGAUAAAUUUACAACUGUCCGGGAAAAAGCAAAGAGCCUGGAUUCCCUCCUUACUUCCUCUGAAAUUUCCCCUUCAAGAUUCACUGGCCUCAAAAGGUUGUCUGUGAUUACGGGGCCGGGUUCCCCCAGCACGGCUAAGGCAUCUGGCACAUCACUCCCCACCGCCCAGAGAAGGAGCCUGCACAAAGAACUAGUAGAAGCCAUCUCACAGCAUCACAUCGAUGAGUUACCACCACCAUCUCAGGAGCUGCUUGAUGAAAUUGAGCACCUGAAACAGCAGCGGGCCUCACCCACAGUGUCGGACGAGAACACCACGAGUGACCCGGGCUGCUCUAUGAAUGAUCAAAGGCACUUAGGAGAACAAGAAACUGACAAUAAAAAAGAAGAUAGCAGUAUACUUUGGAUCAAAGAAAUUCAGGAUCUAGGAGAAGACACGGAGAGAGCUCACUCUACUCUUGAUGAGGACCUGGAAAGAUGGCUGCAGCUACCGGAGGAGAACAAAGGACUCUCGAACCUUCCAGAGGGCUCUGCAAGGGAGACAGAUACCAAGGACCAAGCAGUUGGUGAAAAGAAGAGAAAAGGGGAAGAAAGCAUCAGGCUAGAGAGAAGGAAAUCAGAGAGCUUUUUAGGGACUUCCGAAGAAGAUGAACUAAAACCCUGUUUUUGGAAGCGACUGGGUUGGUCUGAACCAUCCAGGAUAAUUGUGCUGGAUCAGAGCGACUUGUCAGAAUGACCAGAACUGGACCACGGACAGACUCCUGGCCUGAGUUUGAGUGUUGGGUUGUGAGCUCCCCUGUCCUCUCAUCUGCUUCAGUCCCCUUUGGGACGAUAGUUCAGUAAUUCGCACUUUGUUCAGCUACCAUGCAGACCGAAGGAUUUGGCCCUGUCUGUUUGCAGGGCAUUUAACCACUUGUCAUGUUUCUGAAAAGUGAGAGGUAGUUUUGAUUGUGAAAAUUUUUCUUGUUGUGCCCAGAAUGGCUUCUGGUUUUGUUGAUACAGAUAUUAGAAAACUUUAACUUCUGUUACAUAAUAAAAUGUUUACUUCUAAUACCAGUUAGGUUUUAGCUGUGUAAGAUGCUUUUUUCUGUGUUUGAGUUAUUGGGAGUGAGGGGAAGGAGAACUGUCACCCAAAAAGCCUUCAAUUUCUGUUACAAAUUUUAACAAACAGGCACCUGCUACUGCCACCCAUCAUACAAACUGGCACCAGUUACCUGUGUUUUGUAACAGAAAUACUGCCCUUCUUAUUGGCCAGGAUUGCCAUAUUCCUGUUCUAGCUAAAAUUGGUUUACACAGUAAAAGUACGGAUAGGAAUAAAAUCCCAAGAUACUUUGAACUCUUUAAGGGGAACAGACUUAACAGACAUCAUCUCUGUAUAUUUUGGAUUGUACACCUCACAGUCUUAGAAGAAGAAAAUUGUGGGAAGACAAAGAACGCAACAUUUUCUCUAAUUUAGCCUCUUAGGACUGCUGGCCAGCUGCAUACGUGUAUCAAGCCUGGCUUUUAAAGCGUUAUUUUUUUUUUGUACCUUCAUUUACCUCCAGAUUAGAGUCUCUACCUGUGAAUAAAAACCUUUUCUUGGACAAAACACUAAACCCACUGCCGUCGCGUCAAUUCUGACUCAUAGCGACCCUAUACGGCAGAGUAGAAUUGGCCAGUAGAGUUUCUUGGAAGCUGUGUGCUAUUGCUCAGUACCAGCCAGCUAAUGUUUCAUUCCUUCUUGGUGAGUAAGUAGUAUAGGCCUUUUAUUUGUGAAAACCAAAUCAUUCCUGUUGUGGAUGGUUGUAUUUGCACAGUUCUUAGGUCCCAAAAUUUGGAAAAUGGGAAGGUACAAAUUUAUCUGAGCAUUUUAAAGAAAGGGAACAGCUUCUUGCCAUUGUAACCAGCGGAAGACCACCAGAAUACAAAUCAGUUUACAGAUACAGUAAAACCUGUGAAAGCCAGAACCUGUUUAAGGGGGAAACCUGUCAGAGAAGAAAAACUCAAGCAUUUUCCACUAAAAGGAGAGAGAAAAAAGUGGUAAGACUGCACCCUGUCAUAGACGGAAAGCUUGCAAGACCCAGGAAAACAAGCAGUCCUGUUCAGUUCCAGCACUCAUAGGUUUCA